UUGCGUUUUUCCUUUCUCGAACGGUGGUUGCGGCUCUCAAUAUGUGGAUUUUUCCAAUUCUUCUGCUUUUGGUACAGCAUUCCACAGGCAGCCUCCUGCCCAGGGAAUCUCCCCAUGAGGACACAACAAUCAGUGAGGAGAGGCAGUCGCAGUGCAGAAAAGAAUUCGAGGAGCAGAACCAACAGCUGACGAGCCUGAAGGCACAACUGAAUGUCUAUCGGGACAAGGCCAGGGAACUGGAAAUGCUGUUGAACUACAGUAAUACGAUGGGGGAGAGACUGUGGGAGUCCUACAAAGCACAGACCGACUUCAAGGAGCAGGUCGAAAAGAUCCUAAUGAAGGAGAUCCAGGUCCAGAACUCCACCAUUCAACUCGAGGAGGAUCAAAGACAGUCCUUCGAAGACCGCAUCAACGAAUUGGAGUGGCAGCUGAAGAAUCGAGAUCUUAAGAUCAAGGAAAUUGAAACUCAAAUGAAACACAAGGAAGAUAGAACCAGGGGAUAUCUAAAGACCUUCAUGGAUAUAAUUGAGAAGGAGCUGGAGGGAAAAAGUAAAGAGGUUCUAAUACGCAGAUUGUCACGCAUGCUGAUUUUUAUGCAAAUUAAAGAUCCACAUCUUGGUUACUGAAGAUCAAGAGAUCAGAAUAUUUACUUCAGCCAGGAUUCAACAGACAGGAGUGUCAAUAGGGAUGUGGAGGAGUACCAUACUAUAUACUGAUUAAAUACAAUAUUAACAAAUAUCUACAUAUAAUAUACAA